GACCAACGGAACGCCUCCACCACCAUCUUGUGCGUGUGUGUCGUCGCGGGACUUUGUGUCGCGCGUCCGCGUGAUGUUAACGACGUGAUAUGCGUGAGUGGCAGCAGCGUGGGUGCAGCGAGGAUCUCGCGGAGGGCGUUCGACGGAAGAGCUGACGCAACGUGACGACUCGGCGCCGAAGGUGUCUCGCGCGUGCGGCGACGACGAGCGGCCCCGGGCCAAGGAGGACGAUCGCACGCCAGGAGACCCGAGGACAUCAUCUCCGUUCUCGUGGCGAAGGAAGAAAGAGAGAUUAGUAAAGACUUGAAAUUCCAUUACGAAAAAUAAGAAGAGGAAGCGGCGGGACAGAUACAAAUCGCAAAAUGGAUGAGGAUCGACAGCGGGAACUUCGGAUAUUCAAGUCGCUCAACAGUCAAUACGAAUCCUUCGUCAAAUUUAUUAACACUACACCUCACACCAUUACUUUGUACUGGAUGGAUUAUCAGGGGCAGGCGAUUAAUUAUGGCGAUCUGUCACCUGGCGACUUCAGAGAAAUAAACACGUUUCAAACGCAUCCGUGGAUUUUCGUCAAUAGAGAGACGGGUGUCAGGUACUUGGUGAACCAGUGCGAUGUUUUCUUCCCUGCGCCGUGGUUCCGCGCAUACCGUGGGGUUAGUCGCGCGGAGCUCAAUAAUCUGCCACAAAGAAUCGAGAGGACCAACGUGUACAUUGUAUUACCGAUGUUCACUCUGCAGCAAUUGUCACUGAGGGUCAUCAAAAAUUGUCUCACGUACGAUUCGCAGGCUUUCCUCCUCGACAUUCCGCGAAGCCUCCAGUUAGAGCUCUCUACAAUGCUACCGAGGAAACCUGGACCCUCGUGACAUGUUCUCUCCUAACGCCAUUAUUUUCACGCGAUUAAGAUAAUGGCGCGAUUAGAAUAAUAAUACCGCGAUUAAGAUAAUAGCGACAGAGAAACUAGGACAUUUGUACAAAAGAAACUUGUGCAAAAAUGAAGAAAAUGUUUCACGAGUUUUUUCAUUUCCUUUUUAUAGGGAGAAGAGUUGAAUGAAUCUUUUCGCACCUUUUUUUUAACAAGUACUUGUACAGUCAUAUAUCAUAUAUUAUUUAAUGCCAUUACGUACAAAGUGCAAUUUAAAAAAAUGUAAAUUAAUAUAAUUUACUUAUAAAGUAAAAGAAAUUUUUUUAUGCAACGCACCAAAAUCGAACAAACUUUUUACAGCUUUAAGAUUAAUUGUCUCAUUGCAUUGUGCUGUACUCAAAUUUUUAAUCACGGUUUAUUGUAUGUAAGAAUAUUUGAAAAGAGACGAGGUAUGUUUGCUAAAAUUGGACGUCUGAUUAUUCCAGUAAGUUUUUAAUUUAAAAUUUUAUAAUCAGGAUCAACUUAAAUCAACACAUGCUUCUCUUUCAACUCGAAAAGCAUUUCAAAGAAUUGAGAUCUGAGAAAAAUUAUUUCUAUUUUUGCCAUGCAUAUUUAGAUAAUAGACGAAUAAUUAAUAUGUAAUAUUUUAUAUUUACAAUAUAUUUUAUACUUACAAAUUCAUAUUACUUGUGUGAGAGAGCUGUACACGAUAAGAUACGUACCGUUGUUUAAUGAAUCCCAUUGAUGGCCUAACUCUCUAUAACGAUUUCGAUUAGAUACGCCACUCAGGAAGUUUCAGGAAAAUCGUCGAUAGUAAUCCGGGCUCGUUUCCGCAAUUUGUUAGCAGAGUUCCGAAGGUAUUAACCGACUCCUCUUCCGCGCCUCGUCCUUUUCGCUCCUUUCACGUUUCUCCUUGUUUUCCACGUGAGCUCAAUAGAUAUUCCAAAAACUUUUUUUCACUAAUUAACAGUUAGUCAAAUAUUCGAAUAUGUUCAGAAGUGAAAUGUAUAGUGACGCAUUUGUUGUCAAAAUGUACUUUUUGUCAAAUAGGUAAAAAUAUAUAUAUAUAGUAAUAAAUAAAUAAAUAAAUAUAUAUAUAUAUAUGUAUAUGUAUUUACAGUUUAGAUCACUGCAUCAGUCACUGAACAAUAGAUCACUUUGGUGUAAAUAACUGUUUAAGAAAAAUAUUAAAGUAAUAAAUUGAUUAAUAUUUUAUUUAAAGAUCUAUUUUUCAUACAGAUCUAAUUAAAAUAUCUUUUUUUUUCUUGAAAAUGUAAUUAAGUAGUUUUUACUUGUGCAUUAUUGAGUGAUUCAAUUUCUUAUUUGUUUAUUGACUGGUGUAGUGAUUUUAUAUAAAAUACAAAAUACAUGUGUUACGUUACAAAAAUUGUACAAAAAAAUAUAUUUUUAAAUAAUA